AUGCACUUCUCCUUGAUGUCCGAGAGCCAAACUGGGUGCUGGUGCUUGAUGCCCCCCAGGCUAACUUUGAUCUCCUGGAGGCCCAGCCUGGGCUACCGCGGCCUGUCUGUGAACAGCAUAAGGAUCUGUUCUAGGCGGCGGGCUGCCUGUACAGCCUUCCCUGAUGUCUUCAGCUCCACUAAUAGGACGUGCCGCUGUAGUUCUCCCGGCAUUAUCCCUCCCUAUUUUGUCCCUCACUUCGUUGGACAGUUCUGGGUUACUGCCAAUGUUACCAGUUACAUGAAUGUGCUGACCUACAAGCCCACCCAGAGAGACUUCUACCAGACUCCAUUCAAUCAGGCUGUUGUGUGCACCUAUACCAAACCUGCUGGCUGGACUCCUCCAGUGUAUAACCCUGCACUUGGGGAUGCCUCUGGGUUUGGGAAGCUGGAGUUUACCAUGGGGAUUAUGAAUGAUGACUUCUCAGCCCCACGCACCUCCAGUCUGUUCUUCCUGGGCUCCCCCAUCAACAUCGCGGCUGCAGUGAAGCAGCAAUUCCACAUGCCGCUGAUGGUCUACAUGGAAGAGUGUGUCGCUGCCAGCACUCCAGAGCUGAGCCCUUCAAGCCAGACCUACCAACCACGGGUAGAUAUUCACUGCAAGCUAUGCUUUGUAGAUGGACAGGCUGGUAACUCCAGGUUUCUGCCCCGAGUCCAGACCUCCGAGAACCGUCUGGUUGUCCAGGCCUUCAUGUUUAUACAACUGAAUGCAGAUGUGUAUAUCCAUUGCCGCUUGCUGGCUUGGGACCCUGCCCAGCUCAAUGACCCCACCAAGAAAGCCUGUUCAUUCAACCAGAGAACCAGGAGCUGGGAGCUCCUGGAUAACCCUGGUCGGAGCUCUGUGUGCCGCUGCUGUACCUCCAACUGCAAUCUGAGGAAGAGGAGGGACACAGCUGAAGAGGGACUGAGGCACACUGCAGUGCUGGGACCCCUGAGGAUCCUUCCUGAAGAGCUGUCUGCUGGAAGCCAGGAAUUCUACCAGAGGAGCCCUGCUCUGUCACUGGAGGAGCCCCAGCAGGCUCUGGCCUGGCUGCCUGUUCUAGCUACUCCCCUGCUCCUGAUGGCUGUCCUGGGAGCCCUGUCUCUGGGCUACUACAUGUGCGUGUGGCGUCAUCCCAGACUCUGCUCCAAGUCCGGCAGUGAGCUCCUCGUUCCUGUCCCCGUUGAUGAAAUGCACACAGCAGUUUGCACGGUUUCCAGCAGCUCGCCAGCAAGGCAAUUCUGA